CGCCCCCCGCCCCCAACGUCGCCCGGCGACGCCGCGCCGGCCCGGUGCCCGCCGGCCCCGCCGCGCGCCCCGCCGUUGGCGCCGGCAUGUCGGGCCCCGGGCCGCGGGAGCCGCCGCAGGCGGGCGGGCCGGCGGGCCCCGAGGGCGCGGACGCGGCGCCGGGCGAGGCGGGGCUGAGCUUCACGACCACCGACCUGAGCCUGGUGGAGAUGACGGAGGUGGAGUACACGCAGCUGCAGCACAUCCUCUACUCGCACAUGGAGGCGGCGGCGGCCGACGGCGAGCUCGACGCGCGCCUCAGCUCGGCCUUUCUGGCGGCCACGGCGCCGGGCGCGGCGACGGCGGCGGGCGGCUUCGCGGCGGCGGGGGGCGCGGCGGCGGCGGCGGCGGCCGGGGGCGCGGCGUCCGUGUACCCGGUGUUGUGCCCGCCCGCGCUGGCCGACGGCGGCUUCGCGGGCGCCGCGCCCUGCCUGGGCCACGUCGACUUCCAGGAGCUGCGCAUGAUGCUGCUCAGCGAGGCGGGCGCCCCCGCCGCCGCCGAGAAGACGCCGGGCGCCGACGGCCCCGGCCCGGGCGCGCCGCGGCCCAAGGCGCCCGACGGCGGCGGCAAGGAGAACGCGGAGGGCGCGCCCGAGGCGCGGGCCAAGUCGGCCGUGCGCGUCCGCCUGGAGGACCGCUUCAACAGCAUCCCCGCUGAGCCGCCUUCCGCCCCGCGCGGCGCCGAGCCCCCCGAGCCCGGCGUGGCGCUCAACAAUUUGGUCACUCUUAUCCGACAUCCUUCCGAAUUAAUGAACGUCCCUCUUCAUCAGCAACAAAACAAGUGCACGACGUUAGUGAAAAAUAAAACUGCCACCGCGGCCACGGCCCUGCAGUUCACGUACCCCGUGUUCACGGCCAACGCCUGCUCGGCCAACGCCGGCUCGAACCCGUCGCAGGUGCAGAGCUCUAGUAACCCAUGUUCUAUACUCGAAGCUGCCAAGCAUCAGGAUAUUGGAUUGCCUAGAGCAUUUUCUUUCUGUUACCAGCAGGAAGUUGAAUCCACUAAACAGACUUUGGGCGGUAGAAACAAAGCUUUGCCUGAGCAGGUUUGGAUUAAAGUAGGAGAAGAAGCGCUAUGUAAGCAAGCAAUAAAUAAGAGGAACCGGAGUAGAAUUCGUCAGCUGGACACAAACGUAGAACGAAGAGCCCUUGGAGAGAUUCAGAACGUGGGUGAAGCUUCCACCGCCGCACAGGGCGCUUGGCCACCCGCGGAGUCCUCGCAGGCAAACCUCGGGGAGCAGAGCCAGAGCGGGCCCCAGGGAGGAAGGUCGCAGCGCAGGGAGAGGCAUAACCGCAUGGAAAGAGAUAGAAGGCGCAGAAUCCGCAUUUGUUGCGAUGAGUUGAAUCUUCUAGUCCCAUUCUGCAAUGCCGAGACAGAUAAGGCAACCACGCUCCAGUGGACCACAGCGUUCCUGAAGUACAUUCAGGAGAGACACGGAGAUUCUCUUAAGAAGGACGUGAACUAAAUAUAAACCCACUACAGCCCAGCAACAAAAGCAACACAAUACAAAAACAAAGGAUUCGAGCACCUUUUUCCAGAGAAGGUGAGCAAAUGGCCAGCAAGUGCAUGAGAAGAUGCUCGCCAUCUCUGACCAUCAGGGAAAUGCAGGUCAAAGCCACGUGCAAGUACCACUUCUCACCGUCACGUGUGGCUGUUACAGACAAAAUAGGUGCUCACAGGAGGUGCAGAGCUGGAACUCGGGGCUGCUGGUGGGAAUGUCAGAUGGUGCGGCUGCUGCAGACAGUUGUCUGACGGUGUCUCAAGAAGUUAGCCUAGAAUUACUGCGUGAUCCGGCAGUCCCUCUUGGGGGUUAUGCACCCGAGAGACUUAAAAGCAGGGACCCGGAUGGACGCCUGUAUGUCAGUGUUCACAGCAGCUCUGGUCUCAGAGGCCAGAAUGUUGGAGGCGGGCCCGCUGCCUGGCAGCGUGCGUGCGGAGGGCGCUUACUCAGCCGUAGCCAGAGAGAGCCGUAGGCAGAGAGGGUUGCUGCAGCACGGGCGCGCCUCGUCGCCGCUCUGAGUGACGUGAACCAGUCACAGGAGGACAGACGCCCCGUGGGUCCACUUCUGUGUGACCCCUGGAGCUGUUCCAUUCGUAGGGACAGAAAGUGGGAUGGUGGGCAGGGGCUGCGGGAGGACGAGAGUCAUGUUUGACGGGGGACACAGUGUCCGUGUGGAAAGAUGAAAAGUGGUGGUGGUCACGCGACGCUGUGAAGGCAGUUCGUGCACCGGAUAAAACCACAUACAGCGGUUAAAACAAAAUGUCACGUUAUGUAUUUUUUACUGUAACAAAACCUUUAAGCCUAGACUCAGCGGCAUAAGAAUGCUAUGCUUAAAAAACUCGUGGAAAUGUGUCCGUGCACAAACAUGGAGAGAACAGAAUACCGAGCUCCUGUGUUCCUGUAACUCUGCUUCAGGGCCAAGAUCGCCUCGUCUGUACUCCGGUCCUGCCUCCCUUGCGGGACUAUUUUAUUUUACAGCAGUUGCAGACCUAACAUUUUAAUUUAAUUUUUCAAUUUACAUUCAAGUUAGUUAGCGUGUAGCGCAACCAGGAUUUCAGGAGUAGGUUCCUUAGUGCCCCCUCCCCAUUGAGCCCACCCCCCCUCCCACACCCCCUCCAGUAACCCUGUUUGUUCUCCAUAUUGAAGAGUCUCUUAACAUUUUGUCCCCCUCCCUGUUUUUAUAUUAUUUUUGUUUCCCUUCCCUUAUGUUCGUCUGUUUUGUCUCUUAAAGUCCUCCUAUGAGUGAAGUCCUAUGAUUUUUGUCUUUCUCUAAUGUCGCUUAGCAUAAUACUCUCUGGUUCCAUCCACGUAGUUGCAGAUGGCAAGAUUUCCUUCUUUGUGAUUGCCGUGUAAUGCGCCAUUGUAUGUAUACCACAUCUUUAGCCAUUCAUCCCUCGAUGGACAUUUGCUCCUUGCUCUUUAUUUCUUGAAGAGACGGAACACUUUGUCCAUAGGACGUCUGCCUUCUGCGUUGUGCAGACCCACGAUCCCGUUUCCCAGAGGCUGACAAAGAUCUGGCUGUCUGCACUUGCCUUCUUUUGUGAGCUUGGGGCUGACCCUGUGCUCGGGACAGCCAGCCUGCCCCAGGCACGAGAGCUGAGGCCUUGAAAAGUUCCUGGAGGCAGGACAGCGUGAGCAAGGGCCGUGCCGACGGUACCACGGGAGCCAGAUUUUAGUCUUACGGGUGCGGAGGUAACCCCUGACCCCAGGCCUGCCCCGGAACACUUGCUGGUGUGUGGGGGGUAGGUCAUGGGUACGGUGUCUGUGUGGGGUGAUGGAAAGUUCUGGAGAUGGAUGGUAGUGAUGGCUCUGAAACACUGAUGUCCUUAAUGCGGCUGAUUGAACACUGACACUAAAGGGGUAAAGUGGUGUAUUAUGCUACGAUAGAAAAUCUGUAAGUAUGGCUGCUGCUUUUAAAUAAAGAAGGCUUUAUACUAUAUUCAGGCGUCAUGAGACUCUAUUGGAAAGUUAAAAAUACAUGUAAAUGUAACGGAGAAAAAUGUUUGAAUCCUUUUUAUCCUGUACACCCCCUUACGAGAUGCGACAUGAAUUUGUAGAUGACGCCUACAUAUCUUGAAGUAAUUUAGCUCAUAAUUUCAACCUUCUUUGUUUAAUUUUUUAAAGGUUUUUUUCAUUGUAAGUACUCUCUCCGCCCCACCACGGGGCUCGAACUCACGACCCCGAGAUCAAGAGCCGUGCACAUUGCACCGACUGAGCCAGCCAAAUGCUCCCCCCAACACACAACCUUUGUGUUGUGGAGAUAGUUUCCGUGUCUGUAAAUUCAGUGCAUUAACGGUCAUUUCUCAA